AUGGCAGGCGACCCCUCAAAACGUAAUCAGAAUCUGUACUGCGCGUACCACCAGGAGCUAGGUCACACCACCGAUGAUUGCAGGAAUUUGAAAAACCAUUUGGAUUGGCUUGUCCAAGAAGGGAAGUUGAGGCAUUUGUUGCAUCGCCCUGAAGGAUGGCAAGAACAGUCAAAUAUCGAAACCAGACAAAGCACAUUAAGGCCACCCAUUGGCACAAUAAAUGUCAUUCUUGCCGCACCUGGAAGGACCGGUUCCAGCCCUUUCAGAGUAAUGUCAGUGGGCAGGUUCCCGACUGAGCCGGACGACAGGGAAUCCAAGAGAGCUAGAGUGAGUGCCACGCCCUUAAUCGGGUUCUCGAAGGAGGACAAGCAAGGAACCCUUCAACCCCACGAUGAUGCCCUGGUUGUCACGCUCAGAAUUGGAGGUUAUGACGUGAAAAAGGUGUUAGUUGAUCAAGGCCACGCCGUGGAGGUAAUGUACCUUGAUUUGUUUAAGGGGUUGAACUUGAAGCCAGAAGACUUGUCGCUAUACGAUUCCCCUCUGGUCAGCUUUGAAGGAAAAACCGUCACCCCGAAAGGCAUGAUUAGGCUGCCUGUGCAAACAGACUCAGACGUAGUGGAGGUGAACUUCAUUGUUGUAGAUGCGUACUCCCCCUAUACAGCUAUCGUGGCCCGACCGUGGCUUUAUGCACUAGGGGCUGUGCCAUCAACCUUGCACCAAAAAGUGAAGUAUCCGUUAGGAGGUCAAGUCAAAGAAAUAAUAGGGAACCAAGGAAUGGCUAGGCAAUGCAUGGUGUCGGUAAUCUCACGACGACCAAAUAGUGAACCUUCCACUUCAGCCGAGAACGGCUUAUAG